AGAACUCUUCUUCCUCCACUCACCAAUCAUCAUUUUCUCUCUGUGUCUCUCAUCGGCCUGGCCUAGUCCUAGACAUGGCUGAACUUAUCGGCGGCGAAGUCGUGACGGAGCUCGUGAGGCAGCUCUUUUCUAUAUCUGGAAAAGCCUUGAGAUGCAGAGGCGUCGCCUUGAACCUCGCCACCAUGAUCGAGGAAUUUCAGCCCACGAUCAAGGAGAUCCUCUACAGCGGCGUGGAGGUCAGUUCCCAUCGCCAGGUCCAGCUUCGUAUGUUCUCUGAAACCCUAGAAAAGUGCCGAAAGCUCACCGAGAAGGUUCUCAAAUGCAACCGUUGGAACAUGAUUCGUCAGGUUUACCAAGCCAGGAAAUUGGAGGAUCUCCAGAAGAAAAUCUCUACCUUUAUUCAAAGCCUGCCCCUCCACACUCUCGCCGACGUUCAUCAUCUCCGGGCUAACGCUGAAGUCCGUUUUGAUCGGAUCGAUAGGAGUUUCGAUAGCAUGAACGAGAAGAUGGGUUCUAUGAAAAUCAGGGGAGGUGGAUUGGUGCGGGACGCGAUGAAGAUUGCCGAACCUACGGUAGCGACGGAGGGUGAUUUGGGUAAUUUGGGGGUUGGCUUGGAUUUGGGAAAGAAGAAGGUCAAGGAGAUGCUGUUUCAUUCCAAGGACGAGGGAAGAAGGCUUGUUGGGAUCUCCGGGAUGAGCGGUUCAGGCAAAACCACUCUUGCUAAAGAGCUUGCCCGGGACCUCGAGGUCCUAGGCCACUUCGGGAAACGGGUUUUGUUUCUGACCGUUUCACAAUCUCCUAAUCUUGAGGAGCUAAGGGCCCUUAUAUGGGAAUUUCUUACUGGUCAUGAGGCUGGCUUUGGUGCAACUCUUCCGAAGCUAGUGAUCCUUGAUGAUGUUUGGACAAGGGAAUCCCUGGACCAGCUCAUGUUUAACAAUCCUGGAACCACAACGCUUGUGGUCUCAAGGUCUAAACUUGCAGAUCCGGGAACCACCUACAAUGUAGAGUUACUAAAUGAAAGUGAAGCAACCUCUCUGUUCUGUCUCUCUGCUUUCAACCAGAAAUCAGUCCCUUCCGGGUUCAGCCCAACUUUGGUCAAGCAGGUUGUUGAGGAGUGUAAAGGUCUACCUUUGUCCCUCAAAGUUGUUGGUGCUUCACUGAAAGACCGACCUGAAAAAUAUUGGGAAGGUGCAGCGAACAGGUUAUCAAGAGGUGAACCUGCUGAUGAAACUCAUGAGAGCAGAGUAUUUUCUCAAAUAGAAGCAACUCUAGAGACUCUGGACCUUAAAACCAGAGAAUGUUUCUUGGAUAUGGGUGCUUUCCCUGAAGACAAGAAGAUCCCUCUUGAUGUUAUCAUCAACAUGUGGGUUGAGAUGCAUGAUCUCGAGGACGCGACUGCUUUUGCUGUUCUUGUUGAUUUAUCAAACAGGAAUCUCCUUACUCUCGUGAAAGAUCCAAGGUUUGGCGCUAUGUACACAAGCUACUAUGAUAUUUUUGUGACGCAGCAUGAUGUUCUAAGAGACCUUGCUCUUCAUCUAAGCAAUCGUGGAAAAGUAAAUAGAAGAGAGCGGCUAUUGAUGCCGAAAAGAGAGUCCUUACUUCCCAGAGAAUGGGAGAGGAGCAAUGAUGAGCCAUACAAUGCCCGUGUAGUUUCCAUUCACACAGGAGAAAUGAGUGAAAUGGAAUGGUUUGACAUGGAACUCCCAAAGGCAGAGGUUUUGAUACUACACUUCACUUCGGACAGCUACGUACUGCCACCUUUCAUCGCUAAGAUGAGCAAGCUUAGGGCGCUCGUGAUUAUCAACAGCGGUAUGUCUCCUGCGCGUCUACAUGACUUCUCCAGCUUUACUAAUUUGGCCAAACUCAGGAGUCUCUGGCUUGAGAGGGUUCAUGUCCCUGAACUCUCUACCUGUACGGUUCCCUUGAAGAACCUCCACAAGAUGUCUCUGAUCCUGUGCAAGAUCAAUCAUAGUUUUGAUCAGACAGCAGUAGACAUGGCCCAGAUCUUUCCAAACCUGUCUGACCUCACGAUAGAUCACUGUGACGAUCUUGUGGAACUACCUUCGACGGUCUGUGGAAUCACCUCUCUCAACUCUAUCAGCAUAACAAAUUGUCCACGCAUCAGUGAGUUGCCUAAGAAUCUGAGUAAGCUAAAGGCCCUUCAACUUCUGAGGCUAUACGCUUGCCCGGAGCUGAAAUCUUUGCCUGUAGAAAUCUGUGAGCUGCCGAGACUGAAGUACCUAGACAUCUCUCAAUGUGUCAGCCUGAUUUGUGUUCCGGAAGAGAUAGGAAAGCUCACAACACUUGAGAAAAUCGACAUGAGAGAAUGCAGCUUAUCGAGCAUACCGAGCUCUGCGGUUUCAUUGACUUGUCUACGCCAUGUAAUAUGCGACACAGAGUCUCUGUGGAUGUGGGAAGAUGUGGAGAAGGCGGUUCCUGGACUUCGUGUUGAAGCCGCUGAAAAGUGCUUCACCCUGGAUUGGCUCGACGAGUAGGUUCUUGAUUCUCCCUCCGAGUCCUUGGAAACAUGUUUUGUAUUAAUAACUCACUGCUAAUCUGUAGCAAAGUUUUUGUAUAUAUUCCAUUGCCGCUCUCAAGAGUCGGUGCUAUCUUCCUUCCUCCUCCUUGCCGUUUGUCUUAGAAUAUGAUUAGCGUUGCUCUGUUUUUCCGUACAACUUCGUAAAGAUUUUUCACUA